CUCAGGCCGGGCCCAGUCGCUCUACGCCACCCGCCGCUAUCGGACGCGAGUGCCUGCCUCAGUGCCCAUACACCACAAACCAACACUCCGACCUUCAAUCAGAGAGAACGAGACAUCUAUAUCAGGUUGCAUCCGUAUAGGAUGUAAAUUGGUGCGGAGUGGCACACUGCACACGCCACGUGCAGCGGUCAUGGCGUCUCGGAGAUAGUGCCAGGUGGUGAUUGUGGGAGCGGGUUGCGCGGCGGUAUGCGCGUGGUGUUGGCGGCGCUGACGGCGCUGGCGGCGCGCGCGCUGGCCAGCCCGCACGAGCACCGCGCACGGCACCACGCCCCAGAACACCCCCUCCACUUCCCGGCCCCGGCGCCCCCCCAACCCUACCGCGGCCAUGGCGAAGCUGUCCGGUACAACCCCGAACUCGACACCAUACUCCCGCGCAUCGAUGAGCAGGAAACCUCAUCCAAACGCGCCAAAUUCGAAGACGCAGAAACCUCAUCUAAGAGAGCGAAAUAUGAUGAGAGAUUCUACUCAAACCAUGAACGAACUGACGACGAAGAGCCAAUGGCGGACGAACCACGUUUAGGACCAGAAGAUGAUGACCCUCUGAUUGUUCGUACUAGAAAGGGCAGAGUCAAAGGAAUAACCCUCACUGCUGCCACAGGCAAGAAAGUUGAUGCGUGGUUUGGAAUUCCCUACGCUCAGAAACCAAUUGGUGAUUUGCGGUUUAGGCACCCGAGACCUGUAGAAAACUGGGGAGAUGAGAUAUUAAACACGACAACACUGCCACAUUCGUGCGUCCAAAUUAUAGAUACAGUAUUUGGUGACUUCCCAGGAGCUAUGAUGUGGAAUCCUAAUACAGACAUGCAAGAAGACUGUCUAUAUAUUGAUAUAGUGUCACCGAGACCAAGACCCAAAAAUGCUGCUGUAAUGCUCUGGGUAUUUGGCGGAGGAUUUUAUUCAGGCACCGCAACAUUAGAUGUUUAUGAUCCAAAAAUACUUGUCUCUGAAGAAAACGUUGUGUAUGUAUCCAUGCAGUACAGAGUUGCAUCACUUGGAUUUCUAUUUUUUGACACGCCAGAUGUACCUGGUAAUGCUGGUCUGUUUGACCAAAUCAUGGCAUUACAAUGGGUUAAAGAUAAUAUAGCAUAUUUUGGUGGAAAUCCCAAUAACGUUACACUAUUCGGAGAAUCUGCAGGAGCAGUAUCAGUAUCCUUACAUUUGCUCUCACCUUUGUCAAGGAACUUAUUUUCGCAAGCUAUUCUUCAGUCAGGUGCUGCGACUGCUCCCUGGGCUAUUAUUUCUAGAGAAGAAAGCAUUUUGCGAGGAAUACGUCUUGCCGAAUCUGUUCAAUGUCCCUUCUCCAGAACUGAUAUGGGUCCUAUGAUUGAGUGCUUGAGAAAGAAAAGUGCAGUAGAGUUAGUAAAUAAUGAAUGGGGCACAUUAGGUAUUUGCGAAUUUCCAUUUGUGCCCAUAAUAGAUGGUUCAUUCUUAGAUGAGAUGCCCAAACGGUCUCUAAUUCAUCAGAACUUUAAGAAAACCAACUUGUUGAUGGGAUCUAACACUGACGAAGGCUACUAUUUCAUUCUAUAUUAUUUGACGGAGUUAUUCCCAAAAGAGGAGAAUGUGGGCAUAACUCGGGAACAAUUUGUUCAAGCGGUGAAAGAGUUGAAUCCUUAUGUUGAUGAUAUUGGUAGACAAGCUAUAACAUAUGAAUACACUGACUGGUUAAACCCAGAUGAUCCUGUUAAAAAUCGAAACGCCCUGGACAAGAUGGUGGGUGAUUAUCAUUUUACAUGUGGUGUGAAUGAGUUUGCUCACAGAUAUGCUGAGACUGGAAAUAAAGUUUAUACAUACUACUACAAGCAUCGUAGUAAGAACAAUCCGUGGCCCACUUGGACGGGCGUGAUGCAUGCAGACGAAAUCAAUUAUGUUUUCGGAGAGCCCCUGAAUCCUGGCAAGAAUUAUUCGCCUGAGGAAGUGGAGUUUAGCAGACGGCUCAUGAGAUAUUGGGCAAAUUUUGCAAGGACAGGAAACCCAUCCUUGAAUCCCAACGGCGAGAUGACGAAAGUACACUGGCCGAUGCACACGGCAGUCGGGCGAGAGUACUUGACCUUAGCUCUGAACUCCACCGAAGUCGGCCACGGACUGCGCGUUAAGCAGUGCGCAUUUUGGCAGAAGUACCUGCCGCAACUCAUGGCUGCAUCACACAAGCCGCCACCGCCAGCAAACUGCACGAACAGCGCUCCGUCGUCCAGCCAAAUCCCACACGAUAUAAUGGGGAUCUUCCUCAUCACCUCGUCAAUCAUCAGUUCAUACGGCUUCAUUCCGACCUUGUUCAAUCUCGUAUAAAUCUAUACCACUAGUGUGAGACUCUGUUCGAUAGUGGCAUUGCUUGGAAUUAUAUAAUUAAACGACUUCCAUAAAAUCUGACAAGAUGAUUAGUAAAAAAAAAAAAUAAGAAAUACCUAAUUAGAAAAAGUAUCGCACGAAUAAAAA